GUACAUAUAUCAUUCAAAAAGUAUAAAUUACUGUUUCGAACAUGAAGAAACGUUUACUAGACUUAACGCUUAUUGUUUUGAUAUAUUCAAUAAUUUUUGAUAAAGGUUAUUGUCAAGAGGAUAUAGAACAAGGGGUUUAUCAUGCUGAGUUUCAAGGCCGGAAAUGUAUUGCGCAAAUGAAACCUGUUGAGGACCCGAACAUGGAAUACAUAAAUCAUCUCGAGAUAGAGGGCUACAAAUUUCCUUUCUACUGUUCUCGAGCUACCGAAGAAGCGACUCAAAAUAAAGACGAGCUUCUGACUGAGGUGGUUAGAGAAAAUACCGGAGUUGAUGAAAAAUCAACAGAUACAAUCAAAGAUGAAUUAUAGCAUUGUGAUAUGACAGAAGACCGGGGAGCAUCGUUAUGAGUGGAUACUGUUUGUUAGCUAACAUUCACUGUGUCAAUUAUUUCUUUUUAUUUGACUCCUUAUAUAAAUACGAGGGUUGUUCAAAAAGUAAUAGGACUGCAGCUCUACUGUUCACAUUUUUAAAUUUACGUACACAAUUUUACAAGAGACAAAAUUUAAUAUCGGAACAUGUCCUCUAUAUACACUGAAAAAAUCAAUACAUAACAAUUCUGUGAAAAAUUUAAAAUAAUAAACGUACGCGUGCCGGCGAGCAUUAAAACACAAUAAACAUGAUGUCGCAAAAGAAAUACAAAAUAAAGCAUUUUCUUACA